UACGCGGCUGUCAGAGUGAGUGGAGACUAGUGCAUGCGUUCCUGUAUGUGCAAGGAUGCAUAGUUAAUCGAUGUAUUUCUUUGAAUAAGUGCCUUGGUGGAAGUAGCCGUUUUUGCUGCUAAAGUGGUGUAUUUAAAAAGCGAAACGUCUUGAAGAGCCUGUCAGCUAUCAGUAUUGUAUCCAAAAAUGCCCGACAGUGAUUACGACCCAGCAAGUUUGCCGGACCUUCUGCCCCUGUACUACCGACGACUUUUCCCUUUUUCGCAGUAUUAUCGAUGGCUGAAUUACGGGGGACUGACCAAGAACUACUUCCAAAACCGCGAGUUCUCCUUCACCCUGAGGGAUGACAUUUACGUCCGGUACCAGUCCUUCAGCAACCAGAGCGAACUGGAGAAGGAGAUGCAGAAGAUGAACCCUUACAAAAUUGACAUCGGCGCCGUUUACAGCCACAGGCCGAACCAGCACAACACGGUGAAGUCAGGCUCCUUCCAGGCGCUGGAGAAAGAGCUCGUCUUUGACAUCGAUAUGACCGACUACGACGACGUGAGAAGCUGCUGCAGUGCAGCGGACAUCUGCUCCAAGUGCUGGACUCUGAUGACCAUUGCCAUCCGCAUUCUGGACAGGGCGCUGCGAGAGGACUUUGGGUUCCGGCACUGCCUGUGGGUGUACUCGGGCAGGCGAGGGGUGCACUGCUGGGUGUGCGACCCGGCUGCCAGGAAGCUGUCGGUGGCGGCACGCUCCGCUGUGGCGGAGUACCUGAGCCUGGUGAAGGGUGGGGAGGAAACGGUGAAGAAAGUGCAGCUGUCAGACCCGAUCCAUCCCUUCAUCAAAGAGUCGCUGAUGGUGAUCGAGCGCUACUUCAGCCAGUACGCCCUGGCCGGGCAGGACAUCCUGAGCAACAAGGAGUCUGUUGACAAAGUCCUGGCGCUGCUGCCUGAUGAUGUAAAAAAGGACCUGGUUGCUUAUUUCCAGUCUGAGAAGAACCCCGCCAGGCGCUGGGAAAGGCUCAAAUCCCUGGUGCACCAAAAGCGGACGUCCUCCAAGAAGGCCACGCAUGCAGACAAGGAGAUCAUGCUGCAGUACUGCUACCCCCGGCUUGAUGUCAACGUCAGCAAAGGGGUUAACCACUUGCUGAAGAGCCCCUUCAGCGUGCACCCCAAAACGGGGCGAAUUUCUGUACCAAUUGACCUGAGGGAACUGGACCAGUUUGAUCCCUUUCAGGUGCCAACAAUAAGCUUGAUCUGUGAAGAGCUGGACCGACCCCGGUCGACUGAAGAGGAAGCAGAAGAGACCAAAGAGAACGAGAAGGAUGCAGGAGAGAAGCGCAAGAUUCGAGACUACAAAAGGACGAGCCUGGCAAAGUAUGUGAAGCUGUUUGACAGCUUUGUGGAGGGGCUGGAGCGGUCACACAAAGGCGAGCUGCUGAAGAAGAGCGAUCUCCAAAAAGAGUUCUAGUCCCGUUGGCUGCAGAAGGGGGAGGAUGGCCCUGAAGCAGAAAAGGAUAGUGAGUUCUGAGAUAAUGAGCAGAGAUCAGCAUCUUCGCAGACAGAUACACACACCAAGUAGUCAUGAACUAAAAACACAAACUCACACCAUGUUGUAAGAAG